AUGGAACAGGACGGAGGCGGCUACGUCAGCAGCAACGCCGAGGAGUACGACGCCGCACCGUCGUCCGGACUGCCAACUCCUGACGGCCCCGACGUCUGGCGGGACACGAGGCCCACCAGCCACUCGUACGUGGACGAACCGCACGCCAACCAGCCCAUCGAGCGGCAGCUCUCGUAUCGCCAGCCAGGCCUCAACCCGGCCGCGGAGGAGACGUACGAGGCAGCCUUCCGCCUCAUCCAAUUGGCCGCGGACGCGGAGCGCAGCGGCAGCCCCCUGCAGGCCAUCCAGCUCUACACGGACGCGGGGGACGUGCUCAUCAAAGUGGGCAAGAGGGAACCGGACCCGCUGCUGAAGCAGGGCAUCCGGCAGAAGGCUAAUGAGAUCAUGAAGCGCGCCGAGGAGCUGGACGAAUGGUACUAUUCGGUGCAGGAGAGCGCGCGCAAGGCGGCGCUGCCCCCACAGCUGCAGAUCCAGAGGACUCAGGUGCCAAGAGUGCAGGAGGCGUGGCAGGGACGCAAGCCGACGCUGAGUCAAGCGCCGGAGUUCACGCACAUGCGCUACACUGCCGUGUCGACGAAGGACCCCGUCAAGUUCUCGGACGACGGCUUCCAACUGCGCGUUGAGGAGGCCGGCAAGAAGAUCCGCGUGUUUAUCACCAUCACUAUGUACAACGAAGAAGGCAGCGAGCUGCAGGGGACGCUGAAAGGCAUUGCGAGGAACCUGGAGUUCAUGGCGGAGCAGUGGGGCGAUCGCGCGUGGGAAAGCGUCGCUGUUGCGGUGGUGUCGGACGGUCGGACGAAGGCCAGCGCGUCCUGCUUGGACUUCUUGGCGGGGUUGGGGGCGUUCGACGAGGAGAUCAUGACGGUCACGAGCAUGGGUGUCGAUGUGCAGCUGCAUUUGUUCGAAGCCACGGUGCAGCUUGUCCGUGACGACAACUUCGAGUCGUUCUAUCCGCCGAUCCAGCUCAUCUACGCGCUUAAAGAGAACAAUGCAGGCAAGCUGAACUCCCAUCUGUGGUUCUUCAACGCCUUCUCGGAGCAGCUACUGCCGACGUACACGGUGCUCGUGGACGUCGGGACAAUCCCCGGGCCUACCUCCAUCUUCAAACUCAUUCGCAGCAUGGACCGCAACCCGCAGAUCGGUGGCGUCGCUGGAGAAAUCGCCGUCGACCACCCGAACUACUUCAAUCCAGUCAUCGCGGCGCAGCACUUUGAGUACAAGAUCUCCAACAUCAUGGAUAAAUCUCUCGAGUCCGUGCUAGGCUUCAUCAGUGUACUGCCUGGUGCGUUUUCGGCCUACCGGUACGAGGCCAUCCGCGCGGAGAAAGGAGUGGGGCCGUUGCCUGAGUACUUCAAGAGCCUCACGACUUCGACGCGGGACCUGGGGCCGUUCAAGGGCAACAUGUACCUCGCAGAAGACCGCAUUUUGUGUUUCGAACUGUUGGCGAGGCGUGGUCGGAACUGGACGAUGCACUACGUGAAGGACGCUAUUGCACGCACCGACGUCCCUGAAACGUUGGUGGAUUUGAUCAAGCAGCGACGAAGGUGGCUCAAUGGGAGCUUCUUCGCGGGAUUGUUCGCGAUCAGCAACUUCAGUCGCGUCUGGAAGGAGAGCGGCCACAGUUUAUCGCGCAAGAUCGUCCUCACGCUGCAGUUUAUUUAUUUGAGCGUGCAGAACGUGCUGAGUUGGUUCCUGCUGAGCAACCUGUUCCUCACGUUCUACUACGUGCUGACAUUGACGCUGUACAGCAAGUAUCCCGCGUUGUUGGCUAUCGUAUUGGGUAUUUAUCUUGCUAUCGUGGGUGGAAUCGUGGUGUUUGCUCUCGGUAAUCGCCCUGAGAAGCGCACUGCAGCCUUCUACUCGUUCAGCUACGUGUUCAUGGGUCUCGUCAUGCUCGUGGUCUCGGUCAUCUCCAUCUACGGCCUGGUUGCGGACGUUAGCGUCACGGAUCCGCGGGACGACCUCGCGUCGUGCAGCGUCUCGAACUUUGAGUUGGUGGGGGGAGUCGUCACGGCCAUCGGCCUGGUCUUCGCUUCCGCCUUCAUCCACGGCGAGUUCUCGGUACUGCUCAGCACGCUUCAGUACUACUUCAUGCUGCCUACGUUCGUGAACAUCCUGGGCAUCUACGCUUACAGCAACUUGCACGACCUCAGCUGGGGCACGAAGGGGCUGGAGACAGCAGGCCACGGCGCAGCAAAAGUGGCUCAGGGCAAUGGCAACCUGAAGGAGAUCGUCGCGCAGCAGAAGCGCAUCGAGGCCGAGAAGCAGCGCGCGGCCCAGGAGAAGGAGGACGUGGACAACAGCUUCCGGGCCUUCCGGUCGUCGCUGCUGCUCUUCUGGCUCGUGACCAACGCCGUGUGGAUGUACUGCAUGACGUACUUCGUGUCGAGCUCGUGCUACCUCAAGUUCAUCUCGUACGUCGUGGCCGUCUUCAACGUCGUGCGCUUCUUCGGGUCCGCAGUGUUCCUGUGCUUCCGCAUCGCCCGGCGACUAGGAACCUGCGGUGCCUCGCGUUCCGGUAAAUCUGGCCGCAACUAUCAAGCUCAUUUGCCGGCCGAGUGGCAGGCGCACUACAAGCGCAGCAGCAACGCCACCACCGAGACCACAACAACGGGCAAUGGCCAGCAAACCUACGUCGGCCUCAACAUCUCGGACCUCAGCUCCCCCGCCGCUACCAACUACAGGAACAUGGAAGAAGUGCGCUAA